AUGCCGGCCGCCAGCUCUGCCAGCUCCACCGCAAACGGUCGCUCCAGCCGAUCUGGACCUUCCAAAAGGAUCGUUGUCCUCAAGCUGUCUACCGAUCUGCUGAGCCAGUUCGUGACACCACCGCCCGAGGGAAAGGACAAGAAGAGCAAACGGGGUAGCGUCAGCAAUGCCGACUCGCCCGUCAAGAUCCAGGAGCCUUCGUCCCCGGCUUCCUCGUCCGCCGAACUACCUCUCCCUCCCUCGUCCGUGGACAAUGCCUCCGAUGCUGCGUCCACGCCCGCCGCAGGCACCUCGGCUGCAGACACACCUCGUCGCAAGGGCGUUCCGGGCCCUAAGCCGGGCACCAAACGAGGCCUCAACCAGACCGGCGAAACCACCCCGAAGCCGAGAGGCAAGCCAGGUCCCAAGAAGAAGCCCCGACUUGAUGACGGCACCGUCGACACUGCCAAGUUGGUGGCAGCUCACAAGCUCGGUCCGAAGGCCAACUUGGGUGCAAUCAAUGCCGGUCUACGUGCUCUGGAUCGCACCGGGUCCCCAUGCCGUCGCUGGGAGCGUAAGCCUCUUCAGCUGAAGAGUUUCACCGGCAUCCAAUGGAUGCUGCCGUCUUGGCGUACUCCUCGCCCGUUGAAGUCCGAGGAGAACGACGAGGGUCAGAGCAUGGCUCUCGAGACUGGCGACAGCGACAGCAAGGCCAACCAGAGUGCCAGUGGCGUCCCCAGCGAGAAGAGCACUGGCGACGGUGAACUCACUCCCGCUCCGCCUAACCUGACGGAAGCGUCUUCUCCCGCCAUCGCCAUGACUGCUUGA